GAGACGGAAGAGCACACGCCUCAGCCAGCGUCCCUUGCACUCGUCAAACCCUAUCCUCCCUCUCCUCUCGUCUCAAACAUCUCUCUCUCUCUCUCUCUCUCUCUCUCUCUACGAUUUCGUGCCCUAAUCCCUUUUCUCUUUAUCACCCACCCACCGAAUUCAUGAAAUUCGUCCAACCUUUCCAGGCCAGGGUUCACGCCAUCUCAAAUUUGAGCUCAGAUUGAUGAUAUCUUCGAUUCGCACGCCCUAGAAUUCGUCGAUCCCUAAGAGCCGCCGCGGAUGGAGGGCUCCGCGUCAUCUGUGGAGGAUCUCGGAUGCGCGCCGCCAGAUUCAUGGGAGGUUGCCGACUUGGAGGCCACCGUCGGCCGCUUAAUGCUCGCUUCCAAGAACAAGGACUCUUCUUCCUCCAACCAAUCAUCUUCGUCUUCUUCGAGCUCUGCUUCUCAUGAGCUUCCCGAUGGGUCGGCUUCGUCGACUUCUCAGAAAAUUGGGGGUGGUGUUUCUGAGGAGGUCAUCAAUUCGGUGGAUCAGUUUCUUCGCGAAGCUCUGCAGAAUCCCCGGGAGAGGCUUAAUGUUCUAAGGAUGGAGCAAGAUGUUGAAAAGUUCAUUCGAGAUCCCACUCAGCAGCAAAUGGAGUUCCAGCAACUGCCAACAUCCUAUCUACGGUUGGCCGCCCACCGUGUGGCCCAACACUAUUCACUUCAGUCGAUGGUUUUAUUGGACAAUAACUUGCCUGAUGGUUCUGGUUCUCGAAUUAUUAUCCGCAAGACUUCUGAAUGUCAACCUCCUUUGAUUCGACUGGCAGACAUACCUGCAAACUUGCCAACAGAAGACAGUGGUGUAAUUAAGGUUGCCAUUAAGCAGAGGCCACAGAAAGGAUCAACAAAUGUUGCCAGUGCAAAUUCACAUUCCAUAAAGGCCAAUAGUGCAAGAAGUGUGGAGGAGAGGAAAGAGGAAUAUAAUAGGGCUCGUGCACGGAUAUUUAACUCUAGUAGUUCUAUUGGGGGUAAUACUGGGAGACUAGAAAGUGAACCAAGAACACAAGAUAAUAUCCAGCAAAAUUUAUUAGGGAUGUCAAAGGUGGAAGAAAAAUCUGUUCCAGGAGGAUCUUGUGUUAACAAUAGCAGGGGUGUAAUUGAUCCUCCAACAAGUAGCAGUAGAUUAGCUAGAAGUAGGAUAGAGAAGGAGCCCGUUGGUAGGUCUAAAACAAACAGUAGAGUUGCUAUUUUCCGGGACCGCGAAGUUGAGCGCAAGGACCCUGAUUAUGAUCGAAGCUAUGACAGGUAUAUACAGAGAUUUGAUCCUGGAUUUGGGUUCAGUGGAGGACCAUACACCAUUCAACCUAUGUACGCCCCUGCAUUGAAUUACAACACUGAAUUCCCACAACUUGGAACAGCCCAUAGGCCUUCAUUAUCUACGGAACACCAACCUCGGCCGCUUCCUCAACAUCUACCUGGGCCAUGGGCUGCACCAUCAAGCCCUGCUGGUAUUAGUUAUGGUCAUCCAGAUGCCAUGAUCUCCCCAUUCAGUACCAAUCAUGUUGGUGCACGCUCCACCUCCUCCUUAUAUUUGCAUUCAGCUCAAUAUCCUUGCCAGCGCCCUGCAAUGCCGUUCAUCCAUCCACACGAACAGGUUCACCAAUCCUUUUCACAGUCUCACCAGCAACCUGAUGCAAGUUUUGGAUUAGCUCGGCCCCGGUAAGGGGCCUGCGCCAUGCCUGCAGCCUGCCAGAACGUUACGAGCUUGAGAUGUUAAAUGCUCUUUAGAGUACAGCCGCAUGUUAUCUCAACUGGCAGGUAUGCAGGCAUGAGCCAGCCGAGGUGGACAGGGAUGGGCAGGUGAUCAAAUACGGCGUACGCCAACUUUGACCUAUUCCACCACUCUCGGUUCAUUUAGAGCUUCUUGGAGACUUGAGGAAGCUCACUGGUUGACCGGCAGUUCCCUUUGGUGAGAUCUCCAAGAGUUCUGCUAUAUGACUGAUGAUGAUGAAGAAGCACGAACUUAAGAGAAGAAUUUAACCUGAGCAGAGAAAUGAUAUUUUCAAUGGGGUGGCGCACCAUAGAGGAUGGAGAGGAAUGUGGAUAGUAUGAUACUCAAGAAAGAGGUGGCUCUUGGUUUCUGCCCCUGGAAUCUUUUGGUGCAACCCAGUUGUCUUCUUUGCGAAAGCUCUGGCCAAAAUCUCUAGUUGCUGUUUUGUUCCAAACGCUAUGUGACAAAUAAGAAUUGCAAACUGUGUGGUAUACUAUCAGGAUACAUUUCCUUUUUUUUUGGGUUUUUGUUGUAUAUUUACUCCGAUUGAUAGUUUACAUGAACUAGCAAAUUUACCCCUGGGUUGCAGCAACACUGGUAAUAUGAUAUGUGGUAGCUGCUAAGCAUUGAACUUGA